GGACAUAGCGGACUCUACAACAAAGAUAACUAUAGAAAUAUCUAUGAAAUAAACAGAAAUAAAACGCGUGUCAGAGUUAUUUAAAAAGUUUGGUGUUGUGUUGUUUUAAUUUUUCUGUUUACAUUUAGUUUGUUAGUUCCCGUUUAACUGGUUGAGGUGUGGGUGCGCGUGUGUUAAGUUUAGAAUUUUCAACAGUAAUGUGUAUGCAUUAAGAACUAAUUAUGCAUAAAAAAUAGAAUCUCUUUUACUAUCUAACCUACUCGGAAUUGACUUUUGGUAUGUCGGGUGUAACGUCGGCCAGUAUAGGAUCUACGCCCACCUUGGGAACGGUAAAUCCUGGGGCGGUCGAGUUAAUGGACGCAGCAGGAGGCCGAGCUCUGAAGUUUCAGACAGAUACUCCACAUUUGGUUAACAUCGGAGGAGAUAGAUUAAGUACAUCUGUCACUCUACAUCCCAUACCUCAAGGCCGAGUUACAGUAGGUAGUGGUCCAAACGUUGAUAUUCCGGUGCAAGGAACUGGUGUUCUGCCUCUACACUGCCACAUAGAAAACAGCGAAGGAAUUGUGACAAUCUAUCCUCUUUCUGAAAAUCUUUCCAUCGAUGGUUUAAAGGUGACUAGUCCAACAAGAUUGUCUCAAGGAUGUAUGCUCACAAUUGGUAGGUCGAACUAUAUGAGGUUUAACCAUCCUGCCGAAGCCAAGCUUAUGAAAUCAGUGCUACCAAAUCCAAGGAUUUCAAUGGCUCCUAUAACAUUCGAACCGGACAACAGUUUUAUGAGUAAAUUUAAUAAGAAACCACCUGUAGCGCCUAGAAAAAGCCCUAGAGAAUCUCUUUCCGAUAGUGGUAGCGAUGAACCACCAUCAAAUAUCAUGACCAAAGUAUCCAAAUUCGAAUACCUGGCAGCUCAAAACUACAAAAAAUCCAUUUCUCCAAAAGUUUUUCCGUCCAAUGUGGUUACAGUCAAUAUGCCCGUAAAAGAUGUUAUAGGAAAAGCUCCUCCGGAUUUAACGAAUUUCGCCAAAAAUCUCCCACAGAGUUCUCUCAACUAUGCAGAACUGAACACCAAUGACAAAAUUCAAGGAAAAUCACAAGCUCAAACACCUUUUUCGAAAAAGGGAUACCAAAACCAAUACGUUAAUGUUACAGUCAAUGAAACAAAUACUAUCAAUAACAGGGUUAUUAUAUUUGAACACUCUAAAAAUCAAAAUGUAAAUUUCGACCACAACGAAUUAAAUAUUAAGAGUUCCAGUACAAACAAGAACAUUAACGUUAAUAGGGUAGCAACACCUUCUCCAAACUUCAAUCGAAAUCCAAAUUUUCUGAGGAGUAUUUCGUCUAGUCCCGUUAAUAUCGACUCGAGGAACGAUCAGAAGAAAAAUGAAGGGACUGAUAUGGGCAUUGAUGUUUGUGUUCUAGAAAAAAGGAAAUACGAGGCAGAGUUGAAACGAAAUCAGGCUCAACAAGAUAGAAUAAAGGAACAAGAGAUGGAAAAGGCAGAACAGGAAAGAUUGGAAGAAAUUCUCAACAUGUGUGCAGAAUAUGAAAAACAACAAUCAGAUAAAAACAAAUCUAUUCCGAAUAGAAUAAAAACGAAUGGAUCUCUACCACGGGACAAGAGGGGACAAUACGCACCUCCUUCUCCAAGCUACAGUUCUACACCGCCCUCAUCUCCUCUCGAUAUAUUACAUAAUGAACUCAUUAAACAGUCCAAACACCAUAAUUUUGAAGAUACACCUGGUUCGACCCGCACAUAUUACGAAAAUGUUGAACUGAAGACGCCUGAGCAAGAGUUUCGAGUUGUAGAGAGAAAGAGCCCGUAUGAAAAUGUGUACGCCCAACAAAAUCAUCCUGGGCCGUAUCCACCUUCUCCACGGACUAGAAUUAAAACGUUUAUUACGACUAACAAAGAACAUUCCAAUAAGGGAGCAAACGAGGUGAUCGAUAACAAAUUCGCUAUUUUGGAAACUGAACAAAUACUUCUGAGAGAAGCAGAACAAAUUCUACGACAGAAUCUCCACAACUCCAAAGAGUUUCCACCCGACCAUGAUAUUUUCGAUAUCCCCCCUAACAACACGUCUGGAAAAUUCGAUUUUCCAGAAGUUAACUUAGAUAAUAUAGAUUCGAUAAAACCUACCCCAAAUUUAAAAACUGAACGCACACUUGAAGCAGGAGUUAAUGUUAAGGAUAAUACAGAAUUUUCGAAAUUGAAUUGUAAAGAUUAUGAUGGAGAGGACAAAAAAAGAUUUGAGCAGCUAAAACAAGAGAAAAAGGAAAUUUUAUCGGUUAUAUCUAGAAUCAAGCGACAAAUUGCGGAGGUUGAAAUACAAGAAGAGGAGCUACAACGAGAGAUGGAUUUAGAGAAGGCUCUUAUCUCAGGGGAACAUAAAUCAAAACUUCUGGAGUUGGAAAAAGUGGAAACACGAAAACAAAAGCUUCAAAAGAGGUCCCAAAAAAUAGAAGAAAACAUGAGAGACUGUCAGAAGAAACAGGACCAAGAUCAAGAAAUAUGUAAACAGAAACUCAAAUUAGCUCAAGAACAUAUGAAUAAAGUAGAUGAAAAAUUACGCCACACAAACAAAACUAGUCCAGAAUAUGAACAAGUAUUUGAAGACUAUUUACAAGCUCAAGAGCAGCUAGAUAACGAAAGAAAAACUUUCGAAGAUUUAGAAUUUCAUCAUUUGGAAGAAGAGGCCGAUUGGUUAGCUACUAGAGAGGAACUACAAAGAGAAAUUGUAGACCUGUCCAAAAAGAUCGAUAAUAUAAAAAAUCUCAUUGAUGAUUUAGAACAACAAAAGAUGGACACAUCGAACUCGAACAACAACGAAUUCAAAGGUCUAGAACGCCACAAAAUGGAAUACAUUAUGAGACUGGAAGAAGUACGGAAUAGAUUAAAAAGCAUUGAGAAUGAAUUACUCCUGUAUACAAACGAUGACUCUGAUCUAGACCUUUCCAGUGAUACGGAUAGUGAUCGCUCUAAAGAACUUGAGAAGCGGUUAUCAACCAACUCGUUUAGCAAAAUAACAGACAUGAGCUGCUCAGUGAUUAUUAGUAAUUCAAAAGUUCCUGAUGAUAGCAUGUUCAACAUGUCACAUUCCUUUAACGAAAAAUUAUUCCAGGAAAAAUCUGUUCUCGAAAUAGGAAUUAGUAAAAGAUUUCCUAGUCAAGAUGACAUAGACAGAAUAAGUAGAGUUACUUCCCAUACACCUAUUAUCGAAGAGGGGACGGACUCUUUGGGAAGGAAAACCAUUGAAUCUCUAAAAGAAAUUGAACGGAACAGACAUAUUCAUCUAUGUCAGCAAGGAUCUCAUGUUAUCGAACAAGAACGGCAAAGAGUAAAUGCAUUAAAGCAAAAAGUACAAGAAGAAGUAAAGACUAAGUGGGCACAAAGAGUUCAAGACUGCGAUUCCCUAAAUUCUUCAGAAGAACUUGAGGAAGCACGAAUUAGGGAAUUAGAUCAACAAAUUAACGAUUAUCAACGACCGACAUAUGAACAAAAUUCAAUAAAUUUGUCUCGAGAUGAAUCUGAACAUGCCGAAUCUCCAAGACCGCUAUCUGAAACUAGUGAAAUGAGUCUAGAAGUUGGUACUUUAAAUAGAAAAAGAAAACCGAUAAGUGAUAAACAAAGGCCGCUCACAAGAUAUCUUCCCAUUAGAGGAACAGAUCUAGAUUUAAGACAACACAUAGAAUCAGCAGGUCACCAAGUGGUAUUGUGUCCCCAUGUCAUUAUAAACUCUAGUGUUUGCAGAGGUUAUCUCCACAAAAGAGGCUCGAAAUUAAAUGGAUGGUCUAGAAGAUGGUUUGUAUUUGACAGGCAUAAGCACACGUUUGCUUACUACAUAGACAAAAGUGAAAAGAAGCCAAGAGGUGGAGCUUAUUUUCAAGCGAUCGAGGAAGUAUAUUUGGAUCAUUUAAAUAGCGUGAAAUCUCCAAACCCACAUUUGACAUUCAUAGUGAAAACUCAUGAACGUUUAUACUACUUAAUGGCACCUUCUCCGGAAGCUAUGAGAAUAUGGGUAGAUGUCAUUUUCACUGGUGCUGAAGGUUACAGGGAGUUUGAAGUUGAGACUUAAAUUUUGUUGUAAAACAUUGCCUAGGCUUAGGCGGAAAUUUUAAUCACGAUUAAAUAUUUUAUCUCAUGGUGGUAAAUAUUUGAUAACAGUAUAUAGAUCUUAUGGAAUUGAUUUUAUAAAGAAGUAUUUACUUUUAUAUAAUACUUUUGUACAUAAUAGUAUGUGAUAGAAGUCGAAUUACAGUUCAUAUAUUUUUGCUAAUGGUUACCAAGGAUUAUACUACUUAAAAUUGUUCCAACUAAAUUCUAAACUGAAGUGCCCUUUUCUAAGUAACUAUUUUUACAUGUUAAGACUUUUAUAAUGUGUUUUAUACUACUAAGACUGUAAACUGUAUUAACAUAUACAAAUAUAUAUGUAACUUUUA